GUGGAACAUUUAUGGAAUGAUUGGGGCACUAGCACUACUAUACCAUUUUCAAGUUCCAGACUAGUCCCUGCCUCCUUCUUGUAUCCACUUCUUAGUAGUUCAGCACUGCCAUUAGAUGUCCAAAAUAUCAUAGUCCUGGAAAUUCUCAAUUGAGUAUUCACAGACAAAGAUGUCGCUGUCUACGAACUGCUUGGAGAAACUGGAAGAAUUCGUCAAUGACGAAAAUAGAAUUGUAACAUACAAGUGGUUCAGUCAAAGAACGGGUAUCAGCGUCAACUCUGCUAAACAGGCACUUUCCCUUUUCGUAGAGCACUGCCGCAAUGGCAAGGUAUCCUUUACUGUCAACACGUCACAUCUUGUCAUUGGUGCGGAGACAAAAUCCAAUGGCCGAAAGGUGACCCAUGUGUGUGUGGUGGAUGAGGACCAAGUGGAAGCUGUCAAGUCAAGCCUAAAGGCGCCGUGCACAUCACAUAUCUACAGUGUGCAGAAAGCCAAAAUCAAGGAUUCCAGUGCACUGUAUACUGCAGAUGUUGAGCAACGCAACGAGAAAUGGCGGUCCAGCAAUAAAUACAGCGCCAUCUGUUGCCCAUUGGCCGUGCCUGGUGCUGCUGCACCAGCCGGCACAACACCGGCAGCAAAGACAUCGGCAGCAAAGACACCGGCUAAGCAAUCUGCACCCGAGAUCAAGGCCGAGGUCAAGACUACGGCCGCGUCCACAUCAGCUGUGGGUACUGCAGACAACAGUCAGUCAUCCAGUAAACAUGAAGCACCUGCUGCGCAAGCCAGUGCGGGAGGAAAGGCUGGUGCGGGCGCAGGCAAAGGAAAGCCUGCGCGAGGAAAGCAGCCGUCAGCCGCCAGUUUCUUUGGUGCAGCGAAUACCAAGAAGAGCACGCCAAAGGCUCCAACAGAGGAGGCGAAAAAUGUGUCGAAUGAUGACGCAGCUGCUGUGAAAUCUGAAAAGAAAACGAGCGCAGGGGAGGAUGCAGAGAAGGUGAAAACCGAGACGAAAAGCACAAAGACGGCGGCCGAGAAGAAGACUUCCUUCUUCGGUGAACGACUUCCAAAGAAAAAACCUACAGAGGAGAAAGAGAGUGUGUUGGAAGAAAGCUCUGAAGCAAAGACCGCUGCAUGUGACAGUGCAGAGACCACUGCGCCACCCAGUGCAGACAAAGGCAAGCAGGAACAGAAAGCACCAGUGGUGAAGAGAGGCUUGGCAAGGGCUAAGACUGCUCGUGCCAAGAAAUCCCAAAGUGAAGAUGUGGCCGUGUACUCGGAUGAGGCAGAGGCAGAGGCAGAGGCAGAGGCACCAGCUGCCACCACCUUCAGCAGUGACUUGUUUGAUGCCGAGUGUGAUUCAGAUGAUGACAACACACCGCCAGUCACCAGGUCGUCGCCUAGGAAAAAGCAACCUGCUGCAAAGGCCAAGAAGGCUGCUCCGGACUUGUCAGAUCUGUACGAUGCAGAGGAUGAUUCCGACAUGGAGACCAAGCCAGCGAAGAAGACGAGAGGAAGACCAAAGAAGGUUCAGCCGAAGGAGACUAAGACUGAAAGCAAGUCAAAGAAGCCCUCUGGCACCAAAGGUACUCAAUCGACAUUGAAGCGAGUUCAUAUGGACGACGAUGAAGAGGAUACCAAAGACGUCAAUGAUGCAGCAACAUCUGAAGAGCCAGCCAAGGCCCCAGAGCCGCCCGUGCCUCAGGGUCCUCGGCGGAAACGUGUGAAGAAGAUGGUGACGAAAACGCAUGUCAAUGAGGCUGGUGAAUUUGUGACGGAGAAAGUCUAUGAAACUGACUCUACCGACGCCAGUGAUGUGGAAGUUGCACCUGUUGCCAAGCGUGUCAAGCUUGCCACUCCGAGCACAACAGAUACCGUUCAGACAAAGCUAGGAUCAGCUCCAGCAGCGGCUAGUAAAGGUGGAAAGAAGGCCGACACGAAGAAAGCCGCAGCUGCUGGCAAGGGCAAGCAGUCUAGCCUGAUGAGCUUUUUCAAGAAAUAGGAUAUCAUCACUGCAGCGGGUGCUGAUUAAUGGGAUACUAGUAUGUGCUUGGCCAUCCCUGUGGUUGUAAACCAGCUCGUGUAAACGCUCCACUGCUGGCAGCAGCUGUACGUAUAUGCGGUAUGUGCGUGUCUGUCUACUUUUUUGACGCUGGGUUAUAUGUGGUGCUUUUCUUGCCAUCUCUUUUUUCACCUUCUCUGUGUGGUAUACAUAACUAGCAUUCGAUUUUCUAUGUAUGAGAUAUGGAGUACGUGUUCAUGCACAAUGUACAGUACGGGACUUGCAUGAUUAGACUUUUUUUUAAUUACUUGCUUUUUCUAUUUUCUGCUGCCCAUCUGAGAAUGCAUUCUUUUUCUACCAUUCCUGACAGUUAUGCACCAUUUGCCAGCAUUUUCAAUUCAGCACCUCGUUUCGUACGUGACAUGCUA